CCCGCCUCGCCCUCCAGUCCUCCGUGCGCGCCGGGCCCGAGCCCACGGAACCCACGGGGCCCACGGAGCCCAGGUAGCCCAUGGAACCCGCGCGGAGCGCGCCCCAGCGGGGCGAGGCGCUGCUGCGGGAGCUAGAGGUGCUGGUCCAGGACGUGGUGAGGAUGAGCUCCUGGUGGGAGCGCCACGGCGUGGACUGCGCCAUCCUCGCGCUCAGCCUCCUCGCCUUGCCGGCCGGGUUCCUGUGCCUGCGCUCUGAGAAUGCCCUGGUCUUUUCGUCGGGCAUCACCGUCUUGGGUGUGUGCCACUAUACGCUCACUGUCAAAGGCAGCCACCUGGCCACUCAUGGGGCCCUAACGGAGUCCAAACGCUGGAGCAAGAUCUGGCUGCUUUUCUUUGUGGAGGUAUGCACGGCCUUCACUGCAGAGCAUGCCACACACGGGCAUGUCAAGAUGCACCAUGCCUACACCAAUGUGGUGGGGCUGGGGGACUCCAGCACGUGGAGGCUGCCUUGCCUCAACCGCUAUGUCUACAUGUUCCUUGCUCCUCUCCUCCUCCCCGUCGCCACACCACUGGUGGCUGUCGAACGGCUGAGGAAGGUGGGGCUGGGGACGGCCCUGCGGACACUGGCCCUGGUUUCCCUGGGCCUUUAUUCUCACUACUGGCUGCUCCUGAAUGUGUCAGGCUUCAAGAGCCCCAGCUCAGCCCUGGGCUGCAUGUUCGUCACCAGAUCCCUGCUGGCCCACCCCUACCUCCACGUCAACAUCUUCCAGCACAUUGGGCUGCCCAUGUUCUCCCCGGACAACAAGCCCCGCCGGAUCCACAUGAUGAGCCUGGGGGUGCUGAACCUGGCCCGGCUGCCCGUGCUGGACUGGGCGUUUGGGCACUCGAUCAUCAGCUGCCACGUGGAACACCACCUCUUCCCCAGGCUCUCCGACAACAUGUGCCGCAAGGUGAAGCCCAUGGUGUCCCAGUUCCUCCGUGAGAAGCAGCUACCAUACAACGAGGACUCGUAUCUGGCUCGCUUCCGGCUGUUUCUCCAUCGCUAUGAGGAGUUCAUGGUGCAGGCCCCGCCGAUCACUGAGCUUGUGGGGCUGCAAUGAGGCCACUGCAGCCACCCCGCCCCUGCCUGGCCCGGCCCUAGCCCUCCUACUGCUGCUGGCCCAGGGGUUGUGGCUCAGUGGCUGGUGGCAGACCUGGAGAGUGGAGACAGUGGACAGACAGGGAGGUGGGGUGCUCAGGCCUGGGGUCUGGGGGCCACCUGCCUUGCUUGCUUUUUUGGGUUUUGAGGCGCAUCUGCGGGGAGCAGUAAUGGUGGCUGUGUAUGCUGGUCAGUCUGGACCUCAGCAGCUCUAUCUCAGGACUGAAGAGCUGGGUCCUUCCCACUGCUUCCUCUCAGCCUUGGUAGGGCUAAGG